CUAGGAUCUGUCAGAGUGAGUCCUGCGCCAGAAGGAAUAUACAGUCCCAGCAGGCAGGGGCUGGAGGAGCAGCAAGAGUGGAGGGCGCCAGCCUUGGCGAGAGGAAACAGCUGAGCGCGGGGGAGCACCCUGUGUGGAGGGCAGUGGGCUGGGAGGCGGGGUCUGGCGGCUUCUCCUGCCCGGGCACUCCAGCUACUACUUCUCGUCCCUGAAACGGGCCAGGGCUGAGAAGGUAGAGCCAGCCCUUUUUCAUAUUCUCUCCUCCCCCGGCUCUUUCGCUAGCAUUUUUUUUUUUAAGCCUGCAAGAGGAACUCCCGACCUUCCCUAUAUUUGAAUCCGCUCGUUGCCUGCCUGCCUGUCUCGCUCUCCCUCCCUCCCUCCCUCCUCCCCUCACUCUCCGUGCAGCUCUGAUUCCUGCAAAGCGGCGACGCUCCGCCGAGAAGGCAGGUAGGAAGGGAAGAAAAGGACUCUUUUAAUUCCGCAGUGGGUUUCUUUAAGGGAAAAAUCGGCUGCAUGGACUGGGGAGAGAGAGUCGGUUUAAUCCCGUCUCUUUCCCGUUCCUCCACAAAGCGCCGCUGCCUCUUCACCAAGGUCCACAUUGAUCUGAGUCUUUUGAAGGGAUAAAGGAGGAAUCUGGAAUACUCAAAAGAACUUAAAACGCCUGUGUUCUGCAGCAGGAGUCUUGUGAUGAAGUGAGGGAGGGAGUGCCUGGACUCUCCUGAGAGAGAUGUGGAACACAGCAAGACUGGCUGAACUUCGCUGGUGUGUGAGCCGCUGACUUGGGGGGUGUAGUGUUUGAGAAGGUGCAGUGCUUCCUCUCCACCAAGGCCAUGAUGUCAGUUGAAGGCUCAACAAUAACUAGCAGGAUAAGAAACCUGCUUCGAUCUCCCUCUAUCAAGUUGAGGAGGAGCAAGCCAGGGAGCAAGCGGGAAGACAUCAGCACUAAGGUGACCUUGGAGAAGGUGUUGGGAAUCACAGUCUCAGGAGGCAGAGGAUUGGCCUGUGACCCCAAGAGUGGUCUCGUUGCCUAUCCAGCUGGGUGUGUCGUUGUGCUGUUCAACCCCAGGAAAAAUAAACAACACCAUAUCCUGAAUAACUCCAGGAAGACGAUCACAGCCCUUGCUUUUUCUCCGGAUGGAAAAUACUUGGUUACUGGAGAGAGUGGGCAUAUGCCUGCUGUUCGCGUAUGGGAUGUUGCUGAAAGGACCCAGGUGGCGGAGCUUCAGGAGCAUAAGUAUGGAGUGGCAUGUGUGGCAUUCUCCCCAAGCUCCAAGUACAUUGUCUCAGUGGGUUACCAGCAUGACAUGAUAGUCAAUGUUUGGUCAUGGAAGAAAAACAUUGUUGUUGCAGCCAAUAAGGUCUCAAGCAAAGUGACAGCAGUUUCAUUCUCUGAGGACUGCAGCUAUUUUGUCACAGCUGGAAACCGGCAUAUCAAAUUCUGGUACCUUGAUGACAGCAAAACCUCCAAGGUGAAUGCCACGGUCCCCUUGCUUGGGCGUUCUGGUCUGCUUGGGGAACUGAGGAACAACUUCUUCACAGAUGUGGCAUGUGGCAGGGGCAAAAAAGCAGACAGCACUUUUUGUAUUACUUCCUCAGGGCUCCUGUGUGAGUUCAAUGAAAAGAGGCUGCUGGACAAGUGGGUGGAGCUGAGAACUACUGUGGCAAACUGCAUCUCCGUGAACCAUGAUUACAUCUUCUGUGGCUGUGCUGAUGGCACAGUACGGAUUUUUAAUCCUUCAAACCUUCACUUUGUGACAACACUCCCCAAACCUCACUUCCUGGGAACUGACAUUGCCAGCGUCACUGAAGCCAGCCGCCUCUUUUCUAAUGUGACUGAUGCCAAGUAUCCAGACACCAUCGCCUUGACCUUUGACCCCAAUAACCAGUGGCUAUCGUGUGUUUACAAUGAUCACAGCUUGUAUGUGUGGGAUGUCAAGGACCCCAAGAAAGUGGGCAAAGUUUAUUCUGCUUUAUUCCACUCUUCAUGUGUUUGGAGCAUUGAGGUGUACCCUGAGGUGAAGGACAAUAAUCAGUCUUGUUUACCACCAAACUCUUUCAUCACAUGCUCCUCUGAUAACACCAUCAGGCUCUGGAACACUGAGAGCUCAAACAUCCAUGGUGCGGCUCUACAUAGGAAUAUUCUAAGCAAUGAUCUGAUGAAAAUUAUCUAUGUAGAUGGAAACACUCAGGCCCUCUUGGACACAGAGUACAACACAGCUGGAGGUGUGGACAAGGCUGACACACAGGCCCUAGAUGCGAAAGUUGGGAUUCGCACAGUAUGUGUGAGUCCUACUGGGGAGCACCUGGCCUCAGGUGAUAGGAUAGGCACUCUCAGGAUUUACGAGUUGAAAUCUCUGAGACAGAUGUUGAAGGUGGAAGCCCAUGAUUCUGAAAUCCUCUGCCUUGAAUACUCCAGACCAGAGACAGGGUUGAAGCUUCUAGCAUCAGCCAGUCGGGAUAGACUGAUCCAUGUUUUGGAUGCAGGGCAGGACUAUAGCUUACAACAGACCCUGGAUGAACAUUCAUCUUCCAUCACAGCAGUGAAGUUUGCAGCCAAUGAUGGAAAGGUGCGAAUGAUCAGCUGUGGAGCAGAUAAGAGUAUCUAUUUCCGCACAGCACAGAAGACAGCCGAUGGGGUUCAGUUCACUCGUACACACCAUGUUGUUAGGAAGACUACUCUGUAUGACAUGGAUGUGGACCCCAACUGGAAGUAUGCUGCUAUUGGAUGCCAAGACCGUAACAUCAGGAUUUUCAACAUUAGCAGUGGAAAGCAAAAGAAGCUAUACAAGGGAUCCCAAAGUGAAGAUGGCACCCUCAUUAAAGUGCAAACUGACCCCUCGGGUCUUUAUAUUGCAACAAGCUGCUCUGACAAGAACCUUUCGAUCUUUGAUUUCUACUCAGGCGAGUGUGUGGCCACAAUGUAUGGACAUUCAGAGAUUGUAACUGGAAUGAUGUUCAGCAAUGACUGUAAACACUUGAUCUCAGUCUCUGGUGACAGCUGUAUUUUCAUCUGGCGUUUGAGUAGUGAAAUGACCAUCAACAUGCGGCAGCGGCUGGCUGACAUGAAACAAAGAGAGAAGCAAGCAGAGAAAACACAACCAGGAAAAACAGCUGGGCUCAUCAGGCACGAGUCAGUCUCUGUCCUCUCAUCCGCACCAGUGCUCUCCUCAGACAGCGAUAAAGAUGGAGAAGAUGAAGGGAAUGAUGAAGAUGAGUUGCAGGGGCUACACUCUUUACAAAUGCAGACCAACUGUAACACUGAAAGAGAUUCAGAUCCAGAAAUUUCUCUUUCAAGGAGUUUGUCCCACUGGGAAAUGAGGAGGGCAAAAGAAAUUGCAAUGAUCCAGUGUGCAGAGACUACCAUGAGCAAAGCACCUCGCCAGCGUGGACGCUGGUCCCAACCAACCAGCAGCAUAGAGAUGACAGUUAAAUCCAUGCUUGAUUUGCGUCAACUGGAGUCCUUCUCGGUCUCCAGGUCUGCCAGUCGAGACUCUUUAUCUCAGGCCAGCAAUGGGGAUGACCAAGAAGAGCAUGCUGUUCUCCCUCUAUGUGUCCCUAAGAUUGGAAACGCCACAUCUUCUCAGGAGACCCAGCCUUGUGUUCGACCCCAUGUUAUUCGACUUGUGUCCUGUGAAGGUGGAAUUUUCCCCCAGGAGCUAGAACCUUCAGAGAGCGAAGAAUGUGUCAUCUACCCAGAACAAGAUGAGAUUCAUUCUGCAGACAUUAACAGUGAGUUCCAGGUAAAAGCACUCCCCCAUGGGAAGCUAGGUAGAGGCUACCACAACAAUGGAUGCCCAGAUAAACACAGCCCUGACAGUGCCUGCUCCAUGGAUUACAGUAGCAGCCGACUAUCAAGUCCGAACGAAGAUUCUGAGAGCACAGAACCUCUCAGUGUGGAUGGUACCUCAGACUUGGAUGAACAAGUGGAAGGGGAGGUAGAAGAUGAUGAGGAAGAUGCAGGCACUGGACUGUUGGAGGGAGAUGUCCCCAGGACUCCAGAUCAGGAGAAGUUUCUCAAGCAGCAUUUCGAGACUCUGGCCAGUAAUGGUGAAAAGGCUGGAUCAUGUAGAACCCUGGAGAGAACAGAGAACAGUAUUUCUUCUCGCUUUCUGUCCCAGUCUCCAGCUUUCAGGCAACUUUCACUUUCCUCAUCAAAUCUGGUAUUUGAUCAGAAACCAAUUCAGACUUCUGCCUUGUCAAAUCAAGUUUCUGCUCAUCUGCUGAAAAAUGGAAUUGACCACCAGGACAUCUCGGUGGAGAACAGCAGUUUUCAAAAUGAUGUGAAUUCCUUUAGAUCUCUCUAUGUGCAGAGAAAACGAAAACCUGCCUUAGAGAUCAACAGAGGUCCUGGAAGAUCUGUUGGGUCUUUCGCAGAUAGUAAUGGAGCAGAGGUGAUAAGGAAAUCGCAGUCAGUUCAUGACCUUGUUCAUAAUGAUAAGGUUCCAGGGGUGAUGCCUUCUGCCAGGCAACGUCCUCAGAUGCUAAUGGUAGGUGAGAAGGAUUCCAGGUCCAAUCACUGUCGGACGUUGUCUGCAACUCUGUUGAAGAUUGAUGGCUCGAACUCUUCACAAACCAAAGACAGUAAAGCUACAAAACCAAAGUCCUACAUGAAUCCUACCACUAGCUUCAUGGCCAAGAUGACCCGUAGUAUAUCUGUGGGAGAGAAUUUGUGCCUUGCUGACUCUGCAGAAACACUAACUGAGGUGAAGAUCAGUUCACAAGUACCAGAGAAGACACAGUUAAAUCCUUUGGAGGACUCUGAGAAGAACAAGCCUAUUGUGAAAGAAAAUAGCCCAGUGAAACCAGCUCUUCAGCAAGUCACCAGCUCUUCAUCACCCAAAUCCUUUCACAGCAAGUUAGCAUCUAAUCGUGCCCACUUGAUCCUUGACAUCCCCAAACCACUACCUGAUAGACCGACAUUGGCUUCUUUCUCACCAACAGCGAAAUCAAAAACAUUACUAGAGUCAGAGUCUCCCCAGUCACCUGCUAGCACUGGUAAAAAGAAACCCACCUUCCCUGAAGGGCGAGCCUCCAAGAUGGAAAGCCAAGCAGCUAUGCCUCUGGGACUUGGCAAAGAUAGCCCUGGGAGCCCCUUUUCAGAGACCCUGAAAGACAGCCAAAUGUUAGUGAGGACUGAAGUCCAGCAAGAAGUUACUACUCCCAAACUAAAAGAAUUUGAAGGUCUGCAUCCAAAAUCUCCAGAGCCCAAUCCAUUGGAAUGUGCAGAGCGAACCAUAAGUGCUGGUUGUGUGCCAGAUAAUCAGUAUGAGCUUCAGUCAAGCAAGCCGAGGUCUCCCACAACAGUGGCAGCCCUGGCAGAGGACUCAGGUGUGCACGGAUAUCCAUCUCUAAGCUUCUUCCCCCUUCUGUCUCCUGUCUUUGUGAACCGCUUCACAAUUCCAUCACAUUUCUUUACGUCCAGCUUCUGGCCUGUCUCGUCUUGUCUGCACCUGUCUCGUUCCAUAAGCCAUCCUUUCAAUGGAGGUUCUUCCAUCAGUGUUGAGCAAUGCAAGCAUGUUGUGUCUGAGCUCCAAGACAGCAUGCGCAAAGCUAUCCAUCUGUACCAUAUGGUGUCUACUGACAUGGAGUCUUCAGCUGACAAAGAUGAGAUUGCUGGCCUCUUGAUGGAGACCUUCUCUGUGAUGAAAAAAGAACUAGAUUCCCUGAAGAAUGGGAAAGAACUUCAGAGAGAGAAGGAACUAUUGCUGAAGCCACAGGAUUCACUUGUAAUGCCACUCAGUGAGGGAAGUGGUGCCACCUUAUCCACUCAUCGGCAUUUUGGAGAUGAGCAGACCCUUGCUUUGUUGGAACAGUACUCAGAGCUAUUACUACAAGCUGUUGAGCGACGUAUGGAUAAAAAACUCUAAAGAGCAAUUGUUCUAAGAGAUGUUAACUUUUUAAAGAAAACUGGUAGCCGCACAGGAACAUUCACAUGAGUUAGAUUCAUGGGGAAAGCCUUGGACAAACACUAUCUUCGCUCUUAUCCUGCGGAGAAAGAUCUUAUUCUUAAACAGCAAGAAACAAAUGGCUCUUUUAAGAGCUGUUCAUGGUUUUCAGAAAUGUGCUGGUCACAGUACUAAUUUUUCUGUGCCGACCUCCUCCUUUUGAAUUGUUUAGCAAAACUGUUAGGAAAUGGUUUCCUGGCCAAGGUGUGUGUGUGUGUUGUUGCUUUUUAAUUCUUUGCAGGAAAAAAAACAAAUGAAACCCAACUCACUGUGCCCUGUGGCCCAGGGUAAAACUGCUGACUUGGCAGAAAAUAUAUCAAGGUGGCGCGCCAAUCAUUCACUCUGCAGGAUUGUACAGACAGUUAAACUUUUAUUUAUUAAUUUAUUUUUUGCAAUUAUUGUUCCAAACUUUUCACAUGCAUUUUGUAGCCAUAGCUGUUUUCAUAUCUUUCUCACAAUGUGCUGUGAAAGGUGAGCUUAUUUUAGUAAAGAGUUUCGGGCAGGAUUCUGAGCUACUUUCUGCUGCAGCCUGCCUUGCUGAAUUUCACUCCAGUAUAUUUGGAUUUCCUGCACAGAUGGGUACUUUGUAUUUAUACUCCAUGCUUUGCUUUCCAUUUUAAAGAAACUCCUGUACUUUACCGACAGCUGCACUUGCUUCCAGAGGAUAUUGUACCCUUUGGACCAAGCUUCGGAGAUUUGUUGCAAGGCCGUUUUCCAAUGGGAUGGCAUUUUAUUAGAACGGCUCAGCAUUUCCUGAGGUUUUAUAUAGAAUACAGCGUCAUAUUGGACACUGUGGGGUUUCAAAAUAACUAAACAAUUGUUGAAACAUGCUUGUAUUUGCUGUGGUGUUAGACUGGAAUUGUAUACUGGGCUCUUUAUGUUGGGUUGAUUCUGUCUUUGGACAUUUAUAGUUUGAGAAGUGGAGGGUGGAACAAGAUGGUGAUAGCUUUUAUUUAUUAGAACUGAUAUACAGUAUUGAUACCAUCUUAGUCUGAAUUCAAAGAAAAUUGUAAUUGAAGAAAGUCUGAUGCUGUACAAGGGAAGCAUGAGAUGUUCCUAACAUCUGAGAGGGAGACCCUUUUUUAAAAAAUUUAUUUCCAAGGGAAGGAAUAGAAUGCUACCAGCCUAAAUGUGAGUGGCCAGCAAAUAUAGACUGUUGUGAUGUAACUGUCUCAGUGUUCUCUUCCAUGAUAGGUCUUGGAGAAAGAUUUUUUUUUAACAUAUUAGUAGGGUGGGGAAUGAAGCUGCAUUGGGUUUUAUUGUUUUCAGUAACAGCCACAUUUUACAAGACUUCUCAAAGAUCAUUGAAAUUAGUUAACUGCUGUGUCUCACAUGAGAUAAGAAAGAACUUAUCUUCAAUUAAUCAAAGGAAGUUAAGCUGCCUCCCCAGAAGGGACCUACAGGCAUGCAUUCAUUUACUGUGCACUCUGUUUUUAAUCUCUCUUUCUUUCUCUCUCUCUUUUACACAAGACAGCGCAAUUCGCAGUUGACUGAAUUUAUCAAUCUGGCUGACGCUAACAAAAACAUUUUAAAAAUGACAAACCUGCAGAAUUUAGGGCUACUCUCUUUGGUCAGAGAGCAGCUGCAUUCACCAUUUUGAGUCUGAUCAUCCUACAAAAUGUAAGGUUUAUCUUUCACUGAACUUUAGGGCUGGCACCCUGCAGUGUAGCUUCAUGCCUAGGACUAGUUGGCUCUCAUUUUUUAGUACUGUAUUGCUGAGGGGCCUGCAGUGCAGCCCUUUUUGGCUGGCUGGCUGGCUGGCCAGCCAACCAACCAUCCUUGACUGAACUCCAAGGCUGGGGACUUGGAAUGUUUUUAGUGCUUUUCAGUCUACCCCUCCCAGAAAUUCCUGGCUGACUUACUCUUUUUCUGCUAUUUUUUUCUGUGAUAUUUUACUGAAUGGGUUUGAAUAGUACUUAAAAGACAAUUACCAGAUCUUAGGUCCUGCUUGUCCUUUCUGUCCAUGAAUGAGCAUGAAAUGGCAGAGGGGUGUGACUUAUAGGUAGUAUUUGUGGCAAUGGAAGAGAAUGAUUGCUCAGGUUGAGCUGAUGAAAUAUACUCCUUGGACAUCUGUUAAAUGAAAAUUAGGGUGAUUGGGUGUGUUUGUUGUAUGUACAUGUCAGGAAAGCCUAAUGGGCAAAAUACCUUUCUUUCCCUGUUUACAUUUAAACUAUUGAGUGCUUAGGAAAAUGUUUCCUGUACUAGGAUACGUACACAUGCGCACACAUAUACUCAGGGUAAAAGAGCCAUACUUUCAACACAAGUAUCUUAGGAUACUAGAAAGGGGAGAGAGUUGGAGAUAUUCUCCUUCAUUUAUACUCCAAAGUUAUCAAAUGUAUUCAUGUUAGAGCAGAUAUGAUACUGGCAGCAGUUAAUAGUCAAUAAUUGAUUAGGAGAGUUAUGGGUGAAAGGCAAUAUCAAACAAAUUCCACACUAGCGUCAAAACAGGGUUUCCACUGGAUGAUCCUUAUUAAAUUAUUUUUAAAAUUGGGCACUUUCUGCUUUCAUAGAUCAAAGUGGGGAAAUGAAAAUGAGGAGUGCGAGUGAACUAGAAUUGUAGUCUUCUGUGGUCUUGAGUAAGUAGAUAAGCAAGGAUAUAUGGGGAGAGCUGUAGUUUCUAAUAGUACAUGGAACAGUGCAGCCAAGGAUAGUUGUAGAGCAAGAAAUCUGUUUAGAUUGAAGGACGAGUAUGGAUGAAAUGGUUCUCAAAUAAGGAAGAGGCAAUAUAAAUAGGGAUAGAUCUUAGUUAGGUAGAACUGGGAAUGAAUUUGCUGUAGAUUAUAUAAUGGGAAGAGGUAGUAGGGUUGGGAUUUUUAAAAAGUCUUUUAAUGUACACUUUAUUUUCCCACUUUCAUUAUUUGAGAAGACUUUGAGGGUGCAUAUCUUCAGCCAGGUAGCUGCCCCAAGACCACUUGGCUUCCAUGAGCUUCUAACUCCCCUGUCUGUUCAGCUGAAGCCCCAAAUCAAGAUUGAUAUUUCAAAUACUUGUUUUUGAGGGGAAGCAGGAGGAAAGGAUGUACCUCCUCUAAGAAAAAUACUUUGAGGUAAAAUAUGUUUUAUAACUAUUCAUUGGUGACACCACACUGCUGGCCACAGCAGGUUGCCCAAGUAUUGAAUAUGGAGUAUCUGUUACAAGACUAAUAUGACAUGUCAGCUAUUUAUUCUUGUUUUGAAUUGCAUGCAAAUUAUGUGGGUUUAUUAUAAAUUCCCACUGUCUUUGUUAGAAAAUCUUGGUUGGAGAAAUAUAAAUUGAUGUAAUAAUUUAAUCUGGCCCACUUAUAUUGAUUUUAAUGUGUGCAUGCAGUUUUAAUGUAUUAAGGUAAAUGGGGAAGCUUGUAUAAGAACAUGGACCUAUCACUGAAGCCAUACUUGCAUAUUAUCUCCAUGCCUUUGGAAAUGUAUUUGAGCAGCGUGGUAUCCCCCGACCCCACCCCCCAAGUGUAUACUGUUUCUCAAGGAGAGCCCUUGGAAAAGUGAACAAAUACUUGUGCACUUGAAUGAAAGAAAGUGCCCUGUCCUUGUUUCCUCAAAUGCAGAAACACUUUGAAAACUAAAUUGUGUUUACACCUGCUAUUGAUAUGCCACUGGUGCUACUGGGCAUGACAUUUUGUUCACCCCUGCUUUUUCUCCCAAUUUAAUUCUUUUCCUUUUUUACUGAGUGUCCUUCUAAUAGUAGGGCCGAUUUGAUUCCCCUUUCACUCCAGUGACCUGGAAUAUGUUUCUUCCCACAAAAAAGCUGCUAUUGGAGGCAGUGUGUGUUAAAAGUAUUUUAAACCAUUGUUGUAUAUACAUAUGGAGCCACUGGAACUGUAGUAUCCAGCAUUUUAAAUACAUACAAACUCAUUUGGAGGGGAAACAGCUUUCUUAUGGCCCUUCAGGUACUGUUGACUAGAUUGUUCUUUCUGUAGAUAAAAACUAGACUGUCCAGAAUCCUGUGGUGUUUGUAUAUAAUAUUCUGGAGCUGAGUUGCUUAUAUUUUGGGCUAAUCUGCUGUAAAUCACAGUGAUGCAUGGGGCAGCAGUUUUAGGAAUAAGCCAUGUCUACUCAGCAUGUCUAAACUAUGCCUAGGCACCAUCCCUUUUACCUUUCGACACUCCCUCCCCAUUCUCCACUUGUUUAAAAGGAGAACAAAUCUGAAACUUUUAUUUAUAAGUGUUUUUUCUACUUUGGCUUUGAGAAAAACUUUUGAAAUGUCUUUUUUAAUGAUUUGAAAUAACUGUUUUAUGUUUGUGGGGUUUUUGCACUGUGAGCCACCUUUCUGGAGCUAUUUUUAAUUCUGUAUUCAUUUGUACUCUGCGUCUUAAAUAGUUUCAAUAAAAAAGUGUGAUCCUUUGUUACAAA